UGCACCUUUUGCGCCUUGCUUAUGCUCUGGAGACGCUGAUGUCUUCAUUGGACUCCUUUCAGACGGAGAUGGUGGAACUCUCUCAGAUUUCCAACGUGGAAACGUAGCAUCCAAUUAAUCAGCGACUGCAACUGUACCCCGUAAGGCGCAGUGGCAUUUGGUCCGCUCUCUUCAACACCUACCUUUGGACUCCAAAGUGUGGAAAGACGCAUGGUUUGGUUGCUGCGCCGGAUCGGAGUAUGAAAAACACACCUGGUGCGGAAUUUCAUCUUUUUUUCAAUCAAGACAUGAACCGAAAUUGAACUCCUUGUAAGGAAUUUUUCGGAUUGUUGCUUUUGAACUAUCCAUGCAGUGGAUUCGGCUUGGGACACUCAAUGAGUCGCGUUUUCUGUUUUGGAUUUUAAAAACAAAAGCCAAGCGAGUUUCAGGUCUGCAUGGCCCAUAUUUAAGCUUUCUUCAUAGGAACUGAGUCUAAGAUGAAGUUAUGGGAUGUUUUGGCCACGUGUUUGUUGCUCCUGAGCUCUGUUGCUACACGGCCUCUCUACCAAAACACUCAGCCAGCCAAGAGGACUUAUUUCUCCAGCAGCUACAGUGAUUCUGCAUCCCUGUCUGUGGAGGACGACGAGCCAACGUACCAGCGUGAAGACCACAACCUGCAGGAGAUCUCCAUGGAGGAUCAAUAUGACAUCGCAGGUCCCUAUCCAGAGCAAUUUGAUGAUGUGAUGGAUUUUAUUGAGGCUACCAUUGGCAGACUCCGGAGAUCAUCGGAGACCGGCGAGAGCUCCAAGGGACGGAGGGAGCAGAAGCAGAGGGGAGCAGCAAACACGGGAGGCCUGAGAGGCGAGAAGAGAGGAAAUGGCGACAGGAGGCGUGGCCGGGGGCGAGGGGGAAGCCGAGGGGGUAAAGGAGGGCGAGGCGAGAAGGGGAGGGAGAGGGAGGGGAUAUCAGUGCAGACCCGAGGCUGCUUGCUAAAGGAGGUCCAUCUCAAUGUGACAGACUUGAGGCUAGGAUACCAGACUAAAGAGGAGUUGAUCUUCAGGUACUGCAGUGGGCCCUGUGUGGAGGCGGAGACAAACUAUGACAAGAUCCUCAAAAACCUCACACACAACAAGAAGCUGGACAGGGACACGCCCUCUCGCACCUGCUGUCGACCAAUAGCUUUCGAUGAUGACUUGUCUUUCUUGGACGACAAUAAUGCGUAUCACACACUGAAGAAGCAUUCUGCCAGGAAGUGUGCCUGUGUAUGAUGACAGGCAUGACCUGAAUCAGUGAAAUAAGGAUCGUCUUUGUGGGCUGAUGGGAUAUCUAGUGGAGUGUAUUUUCCGAAGGAGACACAUGGAAGUAUAUAAGGCCACCUCUCAGUGACAUGAGGAAGAUGGGACAGUCAAUACAGAAAGAAAAUCCAACUUUACAUUCAACAGUCCAUGCUAAGUCAUCAUCCCUCCUGACCACUUUGGAGUUUCCGGUCAUACACUUGCAGAAACGUACAAUAUCUGUAACAAUUUGAGGGAGGAACAAUACUGUUACACUUCCAGAUUUGCCAACUGUACUGUCUAAAGAAAGUGGAAGUGAAGAAAAGUGAAGACUAAGCUGGCUUUUUUUCUGGUGGAUCUCAUUUUCCCAGGAACAUCAGUAUUCCCUAGCUGGCUCCUUGCACUCCAGAUGAACAGAGAUAUGAGGAGUAUAUUCAGCUGCAGUCUAAAUCACUACUCCAUGGUCUGAAUGUUGACAUUUACAUUCAGAGCCAAUGGAUGAAAAAAUACCACAUGGGAGUUCAGAAAAGACUUUUUGGUGCAACGCAUCUAUAUAAAAUCUA